AUUGUGUUAUCAGCACUGUAAGUUCAAUAUAACCUAUAUUGAUGAAUAUUUAGAGUACAGACUAUAGAGAAAUGAACGACAAUGAAUUUACCAUUUACUAAAAAUUUUUCAAACUUAACACAUAAGAUCUUAAUUAAUCACUGUCAAUAUAAAAAUAAAAGCAAAUUAUUAUUAUGUAAUAAUAUUAAAAUAUAUUUAAUAAGAUCAAAAACAACCAAUCCCACUCUAUAUGAAGUCAGGCGAAAUGCUAAAAGAUCUAUUAAUAUAUAUGGAUACUUUUUGCUGGUUGUACCAAUAUCAACAUUUUUUCUUGGUACAUGGCAAUUACAAAGACGUCAAUGGAAGUUAAAAUUAAUAGAGGAUUUACAAACUCGAAUAAAUGCUGAACCUAUUGAUUUAGUAGAGAAUAUCAAUCAAUUGGACUCUUUGGAAUAUUAUACUGUAAAAGCAAAGGGUAAAUUUUUACACGAAAAGGAAUUCCUUGUUGGGCCUAGAUCUGUAAUUCAUCAUAAUAUCGCUACGGACACAGGAAAUUUAUUUAGUAGAAGAAAUACUAAUGGAUGGAAUGUUAUCACACCAUUUAAGAUAGAAAAUCAAGAUUUAACAAUCUUAGUAAAUCGUGGUUGGAUAUCUGAAAAAGCAAAAAAUUUGCCACUUAGUAAAAUUGAAGAUACUAUUGAAAUUAAUGGCAUCGUAAGAAAAGAAGAAUCUAGACCAGCUUUUAAUCCUUCAAAUAAACCUAAAUAUGGAAUAUGGUAUUAUAGAGAUGUAACAGCUAUGGCCAAGAUGGCUGAUACUUCACCUAUAUUUAUUGACUUAUGGUCCGUAAAAGAUCCUCCUGAGGGUCCACUUAGUUGUCAAACUAGAAUUACAUUACGAAAUGAACAUUUUUCUUAUAUGGUUACUUGGUAUACCCUCUCCUUAUGUACUGCAACAAUGUGGUAUAAAAUUUUUGUAAAGAAGCUACCAUUGGCUUAAUUAGCACAAGUUUAAAGGUAUUAAUAAUGAAAACUUGUAUUUGUACAUUAUGCAUAUAUAAUAAAUGUAACGCAUGUAAAA